UAGAGCAGGGGGACAUACUGAACUGAGAGGGAGAGUGUGUCGGAAUCUGGACAUUUUCGACGGAGCUUGAAAAAGCCAUCAGACGACAGCUAGACGUUUGGUUCUGGGAAACGGAGAACGUUUCAGCGGUCGGGGGAAAAGAACGGGUGUCGUAUUUCGCUCGUAUGAGGAAAGGGUGUAGAUGGGACUGUCUCAGCUCUGAGCCAUGGAAUGCCCCCUCCGUCCGCCACUAGCCUGCUCUUCUCCACAGACUGACCUCCAGACACUCAGUUAGCGACACGUUGCUCCCCUCCAUCUGAACACAACCAGGAAGGGGAAGAAGUCACAGCAGAGCUUCGUACGCACAGAGGAAAGGAGUUACAGCUCCUCUCCAACAUAUUAACAGCUAGCUCACCUUAGCUAGUUAGGCUUAGUUUUCCCUUGUUUUCUCUGUGGAUUUGGGAUUUUUUUACAUUUUUAUAGAGAGUCAAGAUGGUGGAUUUACAGGAGUACCUGUGGAUGGUGAUCCUGGGCUUCGUCAUAGCCUUCAUCCUGGCGUUCUCUGUUGGGGCCAACGACGUGGCCAACUCGUUCGGGACGGCGGUGGGGUCGGGGGUGGUGACGCUGAGACAGGCCUGUAUCCUGGCGUCCAUCUUUGAGACGUUGGGUUCCAUGCUGCUUGGAGCCAAGGUGGGGGAGACCAUACGGAAAGGCAUCAUAGACGUCAACCUAUACAACGAGACGGUGCCUGUUCUCAUGGCGGGGGAGGUCAGCGCCAUGGUCGGGUCUGCGAUUUGGCAGCUCAUCGCCUCUUUCCUCAAACUACCCAUCUCCGGGACGCAUUGCAUCGUUGGAUCGACCAUCGGGUUCUCCAUGGUGGCCAUCGGCACCAAGGGUGUCCAGUGGAUGCAGCUGGUCAAGAUUGUUGCGUCCUGGUUCAUCUCUCCCUUGCUGUCUGGACUGAUGUCGGGGUUCCUCUUCUUCCUCAUCAGACACUUCAUCCUCAGUAAGGAUGACCCUGUCCCCAACGGUCUCCGUGCCCUGCCAGUGUUUUACGCCUCAACGAUAGGCAUCAACGCCUUCUCCAUCCUCUACACUGGCGCUCCAUUGCUAGGUCUGGAGAUGUUACCGGUGUGGGCUAUAGCUCUGAUCACGCUGGCGGGGGCUCUGGUCUGUGCUGCCGUGGUGUGGUUCGCUGUCUGCCCCUGGAUGAGACGGAAAAUAACAAGUCGCAUGAAGAAGGAGCACGCUGCCUUGUCACGUAUCUCAGACGAGUCCUUAGAUCAGAUCCCAGAGGAGGAGGAGGACACUCCCGUGUUCAAGGAGCUACCGGGUGCCAAGAUGACGGAUGACGCUGUGCUGCCGUUAACGGGUGGCACCGGAGGAGAGUCACGGAGAGGAGAGGCCACCGGAGAGCUCAACAGCCUGGCCAAUGGAGGCACUGUCCUGCCCAACGGACGGGUCUACGGGCGGACCCACUCCAUGACCAACGGUACCCUGUCCAUGUCCAGGUCCCCACUGACCAACGGCAGCUUCACCUUCGGCGGGGAACACAUCCGCAGCGACGGCCAGGUGUACCACACGGUUCACAAGGACUCUGGUCUCUACAAAGACCUGCUCCACAAGAUCCACCUGGGACGACUGGAGGACGACCACUCCGCCCCCACGCCAGACAACAACUACCGCCUGCUGCGUCGCAACAACAGUUACACCUGCUACACGGCCGCCAUCUGUGGCAUGCCGGUCCAGCCACUGCUCCGGUCCGAGUCCCGAGAGGCCCGAGAGGACAGUGAGAAGCUGGUGGGGGAGGGGGAGAGGUCGGGAAGCGUGUCCUACACCAAGAAGAGGGUCCGUUACGAUAGUUACUCGUCGUACUGUAACGCCGUGGCGGAGGCCGAGAUCGAGGCGGAAGAGGGCGGCGUGGAGAUGAAGCUGGCGUCUGACCUGAGGGGCGAGGAGGCAGGGGCGCCCGGGGCUCCCAUCCCACUGGAUGACUCCGCGGAAGAGGAUGAAGGGGAUAAGGACAAGCCGACCGUCUACCUGCUCUUCCACUUCCUGCAGAUCCUCACCGCAUGCUUUGGAUCCUUCGCUCACGGAGGCAACGACGUCAGUAACGCCAUCGGCCCAUUGGUGGCGCUGUGGAUGAUCUAUGACCAAGGCGGGGUGAUGCAGGACGCCGCCACCCCCAUCUGGUUGCUGUUCUACGGGGGAGUUGGCAUCUGCUGCGGCCUCUGGGUGUGGGGGCGCCGGGUGAUCCAGACCAUGGGCAAGGACCUCACCCCCAUCACACCUUCCAGUGGUUUUUGCGUUGAAGUAAUGAGCGCUCUGUCAGUGCUUGUUGCUUCUAAUGUGGGCAUCCCAAUAAGCUCCACCCACUGCAAGGUGGGCUCGGUGGUAGCGGUUGGCUGGAUCCGCUCCAAGAAGGCGGUUGAUUGGCGGUUGUUCCGUAACAUCUUCCUGGCGUGGUUCGUCACGGUGCCGGUGGCGGGGCUGUUCAGCGCUGCGGUCAUGGCCCUGUUCGUCUACGGCAUCCUCCCUUACGUCUGAGGUAGCGAGGAGAGAGGGAGAAAAGACGAGAUGGAGGGAGAGGGGAUGGUAAAGAAAGAGGAGAUGCAACGAAUGAGGCUAGUAGGAGAAAAGAGAUGGAUGGAGUGGUUAAUUAAACUGUCUCGAGAGGAGAAGGAAAGAGUUAGAUUACACGCUGCCUGGGUUCUAGUCCUGAAGAGGGUUAGAUUACACGCUGCCUGGGUUCUGGUCCUGAAGAGGGUUAGAUUACACGCUGCCUGGGUUCUGGUCCUGAAGAGGGUUAGAUUACACGCUGCCUGGGUUCUGGUCCUGAAGAGGGUUAGAUCACACGCUGCCUGGGUUCUGGUCCUGAAGAGGGUUAGAUCACACGCUGCCUGGGUUCUGGUCCUGAAGAGGGUUAGAUCACACGCUGCCUGGGUUCUAGUCCUGAAGAGGGUUAGAUCACACGCUGCCUGGGUUCUGGUCCUGAAGAGGGUUAGAUCACACGCUGCCUGGGUUCUGGUCCUGAAGAGGGUUAGAUCACACGCUGCCUGGGUUCUGGUCCUGAAGAGGGUUAGAUCACACGUUGCCUGGGUUCUGGUCCUGAAGAGGGUUAGAUCACACGCUGCCUGGGUUCUAGUCCUGAAGAGGGUUAGAUCACACGUUGCCUGGGUUCUGGUCCUGAAGAGGGUUAGAUCACACGCUGCCUGGGUUCUGGUCCUGAAGAGGGUUAGAUCACACGCUGCCUGGGUUCUAGUCCUGAAGAGGGUAAGAUUACAUGGGUUCUGGUCAAGAGACUUGUUGACUUUCUAUGCUGAAUGAAUCUUGUUUUAUUUUUUUAUUUUUAUUUUGCAUAAAAAAAACUAAUAUGUUCAAUCUUAUAAAACAACCUGCUGUACAGAUGCAUAUUACGGACAGACGUGUUACGGACAGAUAUACGUUAACACACUAUGAUUCGACUGUUUUACAGGCAAUAAUAUGAAAAGACAAAUGCAGUCAACACAAUGUUUCGGUCAUCACUAGUUAAUACAGUUAAAAUUAUAUAUUUUAGCUUUAUAUAUAUAUAUAUAUAUAUGCAUAUCUUUCAUUGCGUUAAUAGCGGCUGCCUGCAGUCGGAGACAACGGUGUAGUCGGUUCAGUAGCUAUCCUUAAUGCCCAAAAUAUAUAUAUAUAUAUUUUUUUUACAUAUUGUAAUAUUGGAUUACAAUAUGCUUUUGCUUUAAAACAAAAUAUGUGUAUUGUUCAACCAAACCACUCUGACCCUUCACCUUUACCUUUACCUCCCUUACAUGCUAAACAGGAAGGUAGGUCUUGUUGCCACGGCGACCAUAAAACCCUCCCAGGGUGCUGGGAUUGCAAAACCAUAUUUGUUUUCCAAAUGUACAGUACCAGUUAAAAGUUUGGACACGCCUACUAAUUCAAGGGUUUUUCUUUUUUUUUUUUACUAUUGUCUACAUUGAAGAAUAAUAGUGGAGACAUCAAAACUAUGAAAUAACACAUGUGGAGUCAUGUAGUAACCAGAAAAGUGUUACAAAUCAAAGUAGCCACCCUUUGCCUAGAUGACAGCAUUGCACACUUUUGGCAUUCUCUCAACCAGCUUCACCUGGAAUGCUUUUCCAACAGUCUUGAAGGAGUUCCCACAUAUGCUGAGCACUUUCUUCACUCUGCAGUCCAACUCAUCCCAAACCAUCUCAAUUGGGUUGAGGUUGGGUGAUUUUGGAGGCCAGGUCAUCUGAUGCAGUACUCAUCACUCUCCAUAUUAGUAAAAUAGCCCUUGCACAGCCUGGAGGUGUGUUGGAUCAUUGUCCUGUUGAAAAACAAAUGAUAGUCCCACUAAACACAAACCAGAUGGGAUGGUGUAUCUCUGCAGAAUGCUGUGGUAGCCAUGCUGGUUAAAUGUGCCUUGAAUUCUAAAUAAAUCACAGACAGUGUCACCAGCAAAGCACCAUCACACCUCCUCCUCCUUGCUUCAUGGUGGGAACCACACAUGCUGAGGUCAUCCGUUCACCUACUCUGCUUCUCACAAAGACAUGGCGGUUGGGACCAAAAAUCUCACAUUUGGACUCAUCAGACCAAAGGACAGAUUUCCACCGGUCUAAUGUCCAUUGCAUGUGUUUCUUGGCCCAAACAAGUCUCUCCUUAUUGGUGUCCUUUAGUAGUGGUUUCUUUGCAGUAAUUUGACCAUUAAGACCUGAUUCACACAGUCUCUUCUGAACAGUUGAUGUUAAGAUGUGUCUGUUACUUGAACUCUGUGAAGCAUUUAUUUGGGCUGCAAUUUCUGAGGCUGGUAACUCUAAUGAACGUAUCCUCUGCAGCAGAGGUAACUCUGGGUCUUCAUUUCCUGUGGCGGUCCUCAUGAGAGCCAGUUUCAUCAUAGUGCUUGAUGGUUUUUGUGAUUGCACUUGAAGAAACUUUAGAAGUUCUUGAACAUUUUCCGGAUUGAAUGGCCUUCAUGUCUUAAACUAAUUAUGGACUGUCAUUUCUGUUUGCAUAUUUGAACUGUUGUUGCCAUAAUAUAGACUUUGUCUUUUACCAAAUAUAUUUAUCUUCUGUAUACCACUCCUACCUUGUCACAACACAACUGAUUGGCUCAAACACAUUAAGAAGGAAAUAAAUUUCACAAAUGAUCUUUUAACAAGGCACACCAGUUAAUUGAAAUGCAUUCCAGGUGACUACCUCAUGAAGCUGGUUGAGAGAAUGCCAAGCGUGCAAAGCUGUCAUCGAGGCAAAGGGUGGCUACUUUGAAGAAUCUCAAAUAUAAAAUAUAUUUUGAUUUGUUUAACCUGUAGUGACACCCAGCCCGUAAACGGGACCGUUAUCAUCAUCUGACACUAAUUAGCAUAACGCAACGGACAUAAAUCUUCCUAGAAAAUCUUCCUAUUCAUGAAAAUCACAAGUGAAAUAUAUUGGAACACAGCUUAGCCUUUUGUUAAUCACCCUGUCAUCUAAGAUUUUCAAAAUAUGCUUUACAGCCAACGCUAGACAAGCAUUUGUGGAAGUUUAUCAUAGCCUAGUAUAGCAUUAUGCCUUGCUAGCAGCAGGCAAACCUGUCACGGCAAUCAGAAAAGCAAUCAAAUUAAAUUGUUUACCUUUGAUGAACUUCGGAUGUUUUCACUCACGAGACUCCCAGGUAGACAGCCAAAGUUCAUUUUUUCCCCCAAAAUUAUUUUUGUAGGUUGAAAUAGCUCCGUUUGUUCUUCACGUUUGGCUGAGAAAUCGCCCGGAAAUUGCGGUCACCACAACGCCGAAAAAUAUUCCAAAUUAGCUCCAUAAUAUCGACAGAAACAUGGCAAACGUUGUUUAGAAUCCAUCCUCAAGGUGUUUUUCUAAUAUCUAUUCGAUAAUAUAUCCGUCGGGACAAUUCCUUUUUCUCUAGGACCGAUUGGAGUAAUGGCUACCUCUGCACUUUACGCGAGAAUCUCUCUCGGAGCCACCAUGUGACCACUUACGCAAUGUGCCCCCAUACGGCUAUUCUUCAACAGAAAUGUGUAAAACUACGUCACAAUGCUGUAGACACCUUGGGGAAUACGUAGAAAGCGUAAGCUUGUUGAUGGUACAUUCACAGCUGAAUAGGGAGUCAUUGGAACGCAGCGCUUUCAAAACCUGGGGCACUUCCGGAUUGGAUUUUUCUCAUGCUUUCGCCUGCAACAUCAGUUCUGUUAUACUCACAGACAAUAUAUUUACAGUUUUGGAAACGUUAGUGUUUUCUAUCCAAAGCUGUCAAUUAUAUGCAUAUUCUAACAUCUUUUCCUGACAAAAUAUGCCGUUUAAAACAGGAACGUUUUUUUGUUGUUUUUUUUUCAAAAAUGAAAAUACUGCCCCCUAACACCAACAUGUGUGUUAUUUCAUAGUUUUGAUGUCUUCACUAUUAUUCUACAAUGUAGGAAAUAGUCAAAAUAAACAAAAACCCUUAAAUGAGUAGGUGUAUCCAAACUUUUGACUGGUACUGUAUACAGUAUAUAUUUUUUGUUGUAUUUUAUUAGGAUCCCUACAAGCUAUUGCUGAAGCAUCAGCUACUCUUCCUGGGCUCAUACAGAACAUUCAUUGACAAGAACAGAUGUUACCAUAGAAACCAGUUACCAGAAGAUGGCCCAAUUGAACUGUGUUCUGUGUGUUUGUUUUAAAGAUGGAUACCCAGUUUUUUUUUUGUUUAAAAAAAAAUGUGUUCUAUAUUGUCAUUUGUACUGUAAACUAUCAUGGGGUUUUGUGUAUUUUAGAUUUGUAUUUUGUUUUUAAUGAAUACUUUUUGUUUUCACUCUGGGUGAGGUAUAGAAUACACCCAUUAUUCUGUCUGACCGUUUCAUUUAUUAUUUAACAUUUUAACUGAGCACAUGGGGGGGGGGGCUUUCUCAUUUUGUUAAUUUCAGAAUAAUAUUUUACCAAAGAUCCUGAGGAAUCCCUUUGUUCUUAUCAGUUUCUGAACCAUCACUUCAACAAAAAAUUUGAUUUGACUAUUUGCAGCAAUUUAACAAACUGUUUCCUUCCUGUAGUGAACUGGAUAUUCUCUUGUGUUCCAAGUACAGUAUUAGAGGUGUGUGUGUGUGUGUGUGUGUGUGUGUUGGGUAGGACAGCUCAACAGAGUGUGUUACACCAAGCCAAAGUAAGCUGCCGUACUUGCUGUCAUAGCAACAUGCCAAUAUCACACGUCAAAGUGUAGCAGCAGCCAAAAUACUGAAACGCACACACGCACACGCACGCACCGCCUUUAUAAGCCCCUAUACCAGCUCAUCAGCUGUAUUCAGACUACACACACACAGACACACAGACACACACACUUUGCCUUUAUAAGCCCCUAUACCAGCUCAUCAGCUGUAUUCAGACUACACACACACAGACACACAGACACACACACUUUGCCUUUAUUAGCCCCUAUACCAGCUAGUCACCUGUAUUCAGACUACACACCACCGAGCAGUAUGUUCAGGCCCACUGGUGCGGUCUGCUGUAUAUCCCAGCCCUCUGAGACAAUACUGGAGGAUGUAUUUACUGUUAAUAUAUGGAUCAGGGUGACUGUCUGUUUGCUCUACGUUUCCUGUUUGUUGAAGUGAAAUAACCAACUAGCAGGCGUUUAAAAAGACACCUUGAGCAGAGUCCCCACAGUUUGGGGUUUUUUUCUCUCCAGGGGAAACAGAAGUUAGGUUGAAAAAUCCAGUAUCCAGUGACCAGUGUUCGAACUAGCUCAACAGUAUAGUAGUCAUACACCAUCUCUGUCUAGACUCUAGAUUGUUCCCCCCCCCCCUCCCUAUAGAUGCAACCCCAAGGGGGGUGGGGGGGUUUGGUCAGACGUCAUGUCAUUGUGAGAGAAAGGAUCAUAUCAGUGAUGUCCCCCCCCCCCUUUUUUUCUGUCAUUGUCCCCGUCCCAAAUGGUACCCUUGGUUACCUAUAUAGUGCACUACCUUUGUCCACUACCCCAUAGGACUCAAGUUAAAUGUAGUGUACUAUGUAGGGAAUAGGGUGCCAUUUGGAGCAUUUAGUCUUCCUCUGUUGUAGCUUCAGACCGUUGUUUUAAGGAAGACCCAACAAGAACAGGUUAUGAGAUUCAACACCCCCACCCCCCCACCCACCCCAGGCAUCUGGGUAGCCAUGUUGUUAACAAAGAGAAUUUGAUGAUGCCAUUGUGCUAGGGUAAAGUUCUAUGGGAGACGGGCAGAACUGUUAUAUCCUGGCAGUGUAGGAGCUGAUAUCAGUCAUGUAAUUGGGGGGGGGGAGAAAUAUCAGUAGUGUUAUUAGGGGGCUGAUGGGGAUGAUAUCAGUAGUGUUAUUG